AUGAUUACUGACAUGCAAUUAGGAGUGAUGGUGAAUGCUUUAGGUGUUGCUAUGCUAAUGCUUGUUAUUCUCUUCCAUUACUUCUCAGCCAAUCGGCACGAGAAGAAUUAA